CCCCUGAAAAGUCAGAGCAGUCGGGCCGCUGGGCCCCGCCACGCCGCCAGCGUCCAUACCAAGCAAACCGUCCGGCGGCGCCGACGCUGGCCACGGCGGAGCAAUGGCGCGGCACUAACCAGUACGGAAAAAGGUGAAGCGCAUCUUCUUGCAGUGCCCGGCUCCGGCCCCGCUGAACUCUACUCCUUUCCCCACAACAACUGCGUGUCCGAUCGGAUCCCACCUCAUGGAGAAAGCAGCGCAAGCUGCCACCGGCGGGACGCAGGGCUCACCUCAGCACAGGCUUUGCGCAGUAAGACAUGACCGGGCUGAAGUGAUUCCUGAAAGACUUGCGGUGGUCACAGGUGGAAACAAAGGAGUUGGCCUCGAAGUAUGCCGCCAGCUUGCUCUCCAGGGUGUGGCGGUUAUCCUUACAGCGAGGGAUGAGAAACGAGGAAAAGAUGCUGCUGAGUCCCUUCGCUGUGAAUCCGAACUCACCAACAUAAUCUUCCAUCAGCUUGAUGUCAGAGAUGAUAAUAGUGUCACCUCAUUGGCAUGGUAUAUUGAAAGCAGAUAUGGGAAGCUUGAUAUCUUGGUGAACAAUGCAGGUGUUUCAGGAAUUGUAGCAGAUGAGGAAGGCCUCAAAGCUCUCAACAUUGAUGCAGAGACCUGGACAUCUGGCAGGGCCGCUAAUCUUCUUAAAGAAGUAUUCCAGAAUACCUAUGACGAGGCGUUAAACUGUCUCAAUACCAAUUACUAUGGAUGCAAGAGGGUAACCGAGGCUCUUCUUCCACUUUUGAAGCUGUCUACAUCAGGUGCAAGGAUUGUUAAUGCCUCCUCCCUUGCGUCGGAGCUGAAGAGAAUGCCAAAUGAGAAGCUUCGAAAUGAUUUGUGCGACAUCAACAUCUGGGAUGAGGACCGAAUAGAAGCAGUGCUGAACACAUUCUUGGAGGACCUGAAGAACGGGCGGCUUGAAGAGGCCGGGUGGCCCAUGAUGCUGCCAACAUACAGUGUAUCGAAAAUGGUCAUCAAUCUGUACACCAGGAUUAUGGCAAGGAGGUAUCCAGAGAUGCGCAUCAAUUGUGUGAGACCUGGCUUUGUUAAGACUGACAUUUGCUGGAAUCUAGGGCUCUUGACGCCUGAACAAGGUGCAAGAGGGCCAGUCAUGCUAGCUCUGCUCCCUGACGAUGGACCAACUGGGUGCUAUUUUGAUCAGACAGAAAUGGUGAAAAUUUGGUGAUCAACGGUUGAAUGGAUCGUUCGUUGGCCAGUUUGUGUGAUAUUAUUUGCCCAGAUUGUGAGACAAUAACGGCAUCUUCAUAUCUUUACAUAAACACAAAACAGACAGUAAAAUCUUCUCAUGACCGAGGGUAAUGCCAUGAUUUGUUAGAGCAGUUAGUUUUGUUUCCACAUGUUCUUUGCUGUUCCGAUUUGGAAUAAAUUUUCCAUGUUUGUAUUCUGAACAACAAUAAAGAGUUGAGCUCAUCGAAAAGCCAAUCACAUCGAA